AUGGAGACGCCAGCACCCGCAGGCCGCGUCAAGCGCAAACAACAAGGCAACAAGACAAAGACGCUACCAUGUCCUCACUGUCAACGCCUCUUCGCACGACUAGAGCACCUCCAACGCCAUAUUCGUACACACACCAAAGAGAAGCCUUUCGUAUGCGACCUCUGUGGCAAGACCUUUGCUCGAAGCGACCUUCUCGUACGCCAUGAGCGACUCGUCCACCCAGGCGAGGAAGACAAACACUCGAGCCGAAAAGGCCAUCACAGGCACAUCACAAAUUCGCAAGCACACAAUGCAUCUCAGCACCGCUCGAGCAUCGUGUCGCAAGGCAGUCCCACCAACGGUGUUGAGGGGAUGGAUGUCUCGCCCAUGCAGCAAGGCCAACAGCCACUCCCAUCUCCGCAAGUCAACGAGAGUCGAGCCAUGAUGGAUAUGCUAGACCCUCAGCUCAUGGGCCCUCAUGGCAGUAUGCCCUCGCAGCAGGCAGCUAUGAUGGGCGCACCGUCUCUGGAUCCAUCAUGGGGCUAUGACCUUAAUCUACUAUCACAUGCUGCAAGUCAUGUCGCUUCUGGAGCUCAAGGCCAGUACGAACUACCGCCUGUCAGCCAGGAAGAGGCUGCUCUACAACAAAUCCUGCCUGGCGUGAGCGAAGCCGCUGCGGCGGACUAUCAACCACGCAUCCUUACGGAGGGCUACGGCAGUGCAAACCUGUUCGAGAAUUCGGAUAUUGGUGACCCAAUGCAAGACUUCACCCACUUCCUCGACAGCGUUGGGCUGUCUUCAGAUUGGCAUACUAACAUGUUCGGCGACCAGAUCGACAACCUCUCCCCCGAGCUGAAGGCUGAGCAGCUUCUCAUUCCGCGCUCAAUGCAAGCCCCUACUGAAGCUCAGGUUGAAGGUGGUCUGGUCCCGCCCCGAGAAGAAGUCAGCACCUUUUCACGGUUCGGUUCCCGACUGCCUUCCCUGCAGCCAGAAGCGAGAACACCCGAUACGAGGCCCGCUGAGCCACCCCGAAGUGCAGUCGAAGAAAAUCCUAUGAGAAAUAGACCAACGACAUGGGAUGUGUCGGACGCAGACAGGCAGGUCUUUGCUACCAAGCUGGCUGCUUUUGAUAGCAUUAUGCCCAAGGGCUUUAUUCCUCCGUCUCGUCAUUCUUUAUCACGAUAUCUUGCUGGCUAUAUCAACGGAUUCCACGAGCACCUACCGUUCAUUCACGUACCUACACUGUCGGUCGCUGCCAGUGCACCUGAGCUGGUACUGGCGCUAGCUGCGGUAGGAGCUCAAUAUCGCUUCGAGAACAGUCGCGGUAUCGAGCUCUUCUACGCCGCCAAAGCGGUUGUUACCGAACAGAUUAAACGUCGCGAUGGAUCGGCACAGACGCAGUCGUUCAGACCACGAACGAGCUCCUUGGCACAGUCACCUUCAAUGCACUCUGGCAGCCCGUUCACAUUUCAGCCUCCCGAAGAAGCAGUACCCACCGACAGCAAGGAGUAUAUGGAUUCGAUACAGGCAUUAUUGUUACUCACUGCAUUUGCCACCUGGGAACGACAUCAAGAGCUAUUGAAAGAAGCACUCGCAUUUCAGUCUACGCUUGCCCGUCUAGUACGCGACAGUGGUCUGACCAGCACCAACGAUCAGCUUCCAGCCACUGAUCUGACCUGGGAGCGGUGGAUCAGGAUCGAAGGCGACAAACGGACAAAACUGAUAGUGUAUUGCUUCUUCAACCUACAUUCCAUCACAUGGGAUAUUCCACCACUUAUACUGAACGCCGAAGUCAAGCUCAAUUUACCAGAUCCAGCUGCUGAAUGGAAAGCCACAACGGCAGACCAGUGGAGGGAGCUACACGCUGCAAACAAGGCACCUCCAAUGCCAUUUCAGCUUGCCUUCAAUAGACUAUUCUCGAAACCUCCUCAAGAUCCUGGCUUCGCAGUGUCGCCACUGGGAAAUUAUGUACUGGUUCAUGCGCUCAUUCAGCAGAUAUUCUUCGCCCGCCAGCUGUCUAUGAGUUGGCCUGGCUCGGCAGGCUCGAUGCUGCGAUCCGAAGACAUUACUGUGCUCGAACGUGCCUUGUCUGCAUGGAAGCAAGGGUGGAAGCGUGCUCCGGAGUCUUCGCUCGAUCCGCAGAACCCCAAUGGGCCCGUCGCAUUCACAUCAACGGCCCUGCUGGGUCUAGCAUACAUUCGGCUGCAUAUCCAUAUGGGACCGCUUCGGCACUUGGAGACUCGCGACAGCGUACAAAUUGCCCAUGCCCUUCGCAACACUCCAGACCUGCAACGUGACCCACGCUUGACGCCGGCGCUUCUUCACUCGGCUCACGCGUUGAGUAUACCGGUGCGGCUUGGCAUUGACUUUGUCGCCAGGACGCAAACAUUCUUCUGGUCGAUACAGCACAGCAUCUGCAGCUUGGAAUGCGCUUUCCUACUGUCAAAAUGGCUCGCUGCGCUGUCUCGCAUCACGACCAGCAGCGGUUCUCCGCUCAGCGACCACGAGCGAAAGCUACUCUUGUGGGUGCGUAGCUUGCUUGAGGAGAGUGAUCCAGCAACCGGCAACGUCAAAGCCUCAACCAACACUGUUGCGGCAGAAAACAAGGAGAACAAGGGCGUGGAUGCACAACUCGAGCCACCAAAAGUCCCUAAACCCGAUGCGACCAAAGCUGACGACACAGAAGGUGCUGCGCAGCUAGCGAAACAGGCAACAGCAGCACAAGCUGUGACUGACAAGGUCAAGGAACUGCUCGACGACAAGGAUCGAUUGAAGCGGUUGAGUGUCAGUGUGUUGCGGACGUGGAGCAAGACGUUCAAGGGCAAUACUAGCUGGGCUAUUGUGGACAUGAUCGGAGGUGCGCUCGAGAUCUAUGCUGAUCUGCUGGAGGCGGAUUUGGCUGUGCACAGCUCGGAUCCUUCAUAG